UCUUUCGAUCACUAUAAAAAGAGAGAACACAAAAUCUAAACUUUAUUAUCUCCUCCGAUGUCUCGUCUUAUUAUCUCCAGUAAUUGUAUUUUACAUGGGAUUUUGUAGGAUUUUACAUAGUCUCCUCUUCUUUCCAUUCAGGUUCCUGCAAUAUAGGAUCCGCUCAGUGGAUAUCUUCUAUAUAAGAUCCUUCUCCUGAUUCACCCAUCAAGGAUGGAUAGGGACAAGGACAAGAUGGCAGAGAGCAUAAUAAAUCUCACCCUAGAGAUCCUCUUCUGGCUUACUGGAGAGGACUACACAGUAGUGAAGAAGACCUCUAGUGAGCGCUGUCAGGACCCUGUGUCUGAAGAAUGGGGAAGAACCCUGAGCCCUAUCACGGGGCCCCCACCUCACCUCCUGAUACAUGAGGAAAUCAAUACAAAGAAGAUCCUAGAACUCACCAAUAAGAUGAUUGAGCUGCUGACUGGAGAGGUUCCUAUAAGGUGUCAGGAUGUCGCCGUCUAUUUCUCAAUGGAGGAGUGUGAGUAUUUAGAAGAACACAAAGAUCUUUACAAGGACAUCAUGAAGGAGGAUCACUGGCCUGUCACAUCACCAGUUAAGAAAGAGAGAAGAACACCGGAGAGAUGUCCCAGUCCUCUUCUUCCACAGGAUGGCUCAGAAGAACAUCACAAUGUCCCACAGGAUGAUCAGCUUGUGAAUCCGGAAGAAGAUCUGAACAUUAUAUAUGUUACAGAGACAUAUGUGAGGGGUGAUGAGCAGAGUACAGAGGACAUUCCUACAGAUAACCGCCCAGAUGACUGUACCAGGAACUCAGAGAAACAUCUGGUAUCCUCAGAUUUUGAAGUAGAUGAUUGUGGUAUCACACGAGAUGCAUUUGAAGAGCAUGCCAAUAUGCAAGAUAUACCCUCAUCCAAUCACAGUCACAAUGAAUCAUUUGAUUCUUUUAAACACAUCCGAUCUUCUGAUUCAUCACAGACUGUAACACAGAAUAAAAGUCAUAGACGAGGUGCUAAACAUCUAACAGCUCAUUUAAGAGGGAAGCCAUUUUCAUGUUCAGAAUGUGGGAAAUGUUUUAACCGUAAAUCAGAUCUUGUUAUACAUCAGAGAACCCACACAGGGGAGAAGCCAUUUUCAUGUUCAGAAUGUGGGAAAUGUUUUCACCAAACAUCACAUCUUUUUAUGCAUCAGAGAAUUCACACAGGGGAGAAGCCAUAUUCAUGUUCAGAAUGUGUGAAAUGUUUUAACCGUAAAUCAGAUCUUGUUAGACAUCAGAAAAUUCACACAGGGGAAAAGCCAUUUUCAUGUUCAGAAUGUGUGAAAUGUUUUAAGACUAAAUCAGAUCUUGUUAGACAUCAGAGAAGUCACACAGGGGAGAAGCCAUUUUCAUGUUCAGAAUGUGGGAAAUGUUUUUACCGUAAAUCAGAUCUUGUUAUACAUCAGAAAAUUCACACAGGGGAGAAGCCAUUUUCAUGUUCAGAAUGUGGGAAAUGUUUUAAGACUAAAUCAGAUCUUGUUAGACAUCAGAGAAGUCACACAGGGGAGAAGCCAUUUUCAUGUUCAGAAUGUGGGAAAUGUUUUAACCGUAAAUCAGAUCUUGUUAUACAUCAGAAAAUUCACACAAGGGAGAAGACAUUUUCAUGUUCAGAAUGUGGGAAAUGUUUUAAGCUGAAAUCAUCUCUAUUUAAACAUCAGAGAAAUCACACAGGGGAGAAGCCAUUUUCAUGUUCAGAAUGUGGGAAACGUUUUAAGAUGAAAUCGCAUCUUGUUGAACAUCAGAGAAGUCACACAGGAGAGAAGCCAUUUUCAUGUUCAGAAUGUGGAAAAUGUUUUCUCAAUAAAUCAGGUCUUGUUAUACAUCAGAGAAAUCACACAGGGGAGAAGCCAUUUUCAUGUUCAGAAUGUGGGAAAUGUUUUAAGACAAAAUCAGAACUUGUUCUACAUCAGAGAAAUCACACAGGAGAGAAGCCAUUUUCAUGUUCAGAAUGUGGAAAAUGUUUUCACAAUAAAUCAGGUCUUGUUAUACAUCAGAGAAAUCACACAGGGGAGAAGCCAUUUUCAUGUUCAGAAUGUGGGAAAUGUUUUAAGACAAAAUCAGAACUUGUUCUACAUCAGAGAAAUCACACAGGAGAGAAGCCAUUUUCAUGUUCAGAAUGUGGGAAAUGUUUUACUACUUCAUCAUCUCUAUUUAACCAUCAGAGAAAUCACACAGGGGAGAAGCCAUUUUCAUGUUCAGAAUGUGGGAAAUGUUUUAAGACUAAAUAUGAACUUGUUAUACAUCAGAGAAAUCACACAGGAGAGAAGCCAUUUUCAUGUUCAGAAUGUGGGAAAUGUUUUACUAAUUCAUCAUCUCUAUUUAAACAUCAGAGAAAUCACACAGGGGAGAAGCCAUUUUCAUGUUCAGAAUGUGGGAAAUGUUUUAAGACGAAAUCAGAACUUGUUAUACAUCAGAGAAAUCACACAGGAGAGAGGCCAUUUUCAUGUUCAGAAUGUGGGAAAUGUUUUACUAAUUCAUCAUCUCUAUUUCAACAUCAGAGAAAUCACACAGGGGAGAAGCCAUUUUCAUGUUCAGAAUGUGGGAAAUGUUUUAAGAUGAAAUCGCAUCUUGUUGAACAUCAGAGAAAUCACACAGGGGAGAAGCCAUUUUCAUGUUCAGAAUGUGGGAAAUGUUUUAAGACUAAAUAUGAACUUGUUAUACAUCAGAGAAAUCACACAGGAGAGAAGCCAUUUUCAUGUUCAGAAUGUGGGAAAUGUUUUACUAAUUCAUCAUCUCUAUUUAAACAUCAGAGAAAUCACACAGGGGAGAAGCCAUUUUCAUGUUCAGAAUGUGGGAAAUGUUUUAAGACGAAAUCAGAACUUGUUAUACAUCAGAGAAGUCACACAGGAGAGAAGCCAUUUUCAUGUUCAGAAUGUGGGAAAUGUUUUACUAAUUCAUCAUCUCUAUUUAAACAUCAGAGAAAUCACACAGGGGAGAAGCCAUUUUCAUGUUCAGAAUGUGGGAAAUGUUUUAAGAUGAAAUCGCAUCUUGUUGAACAUCAGAGAAAUCACACAGGAGAGAAGCCAUUUUCAUGUUCAGAAUGUGGGAAAUGUUUUAAGACGAAAUCACAUCUUAAAUCAAAUCUUGUUGUACAUCAGAGAAAUCACACAGGGGAGAAGCCAUUUUCAUGUUCAGAAUGUGGGAAAUGUUUUAAGACUAAAUUUGAACUUGUUCUACAUCAGAGAAAUCACACAGGAGAGAAGCCAUUUUCAUGUUCAGAAUGUGGAAAAUGUUUUCACAAUAAAUCAAAUCUUGUUGUACAUCAGAGAAAUCACACAGGGGAGAAGCCAUUUCCAUGUUCAGAAUGUGGGAAAUGUUUUAAGACUAAAUUUGAACUUGUUCUACAUCAGAGAAAUCACACAGGAGAGAAGCCAUUUUCAUGUUCAGAAUGUGGGAAAUGUUUUAAGCAGAAAUCACAUCUUGUUAAACAUCAGAUAAUUCACACAGGGGAGAAGCCAUUUUCAUGUUCAGAAUGUGGGAAAUGUUUUAUGCAGAAAUCACAUCUUGUUAAACAUCAGAGAAAUCACACAGGAAUUAAGCCAUUUUCAUGUUCAGAAUGUGGGAAAUGUUUUAACCGUAAAUCAGAUCUGGUUAUACAUCAGAGAAUUCACACAGGGGAUAAGCCAUUUUCAUGUUCAGAAUGUGGGAAAUGUUUUACUAAUACAUCAUCUCUAUUUAAACAUCAGAGAAAUCACACAGGGGAGAAGCCAUUUUCAUGUUCAGAAUGUGGGAAAUGUUAUAAGCAGAAAUCAUAUCUUGUUGAACAUCAGAGAAAUCACACAGGAGAGAAGCCAUUUUCAUGUUCAGAAUGUGGGAAAUGUUUUAAGACGAAAUCAGAACUUGUUGUACAUCAGAGAAGUCACACAGGAGCGAAGCCAUUUUCAUGUUCAGAAUGUGAGAAAUGUUUUACUACUUCAUCAUCUCUAUUUAAACAUCAGAGAAAUCACACAGGGGAGAAGCCAUUUUCAUGUUCAGAAUGUGGGAAAUGUUUUAAGACAAAAUCAGAACUUAAGUCGGCUCUUGUUACACAUCAGAGAAAUCAUACAGGGGAGAAGCCAUUUUCAUGUUCAGAAUGUGGGAAAUGUUUUAAACAAAAAUCACACCUUGUUAUACAUCAGAGAAAUCACACAGGGGAGAAGCCGUUUUCAUGUUCAGAAUGUGGGAAAUGUUUUAAGCAGACAUCAAAUCUUGUUAUACAUCAGAGGAAUCACACAGGGGAGAAGCCGUUUUCAUGUUCACAAUGUGGGAAAUGUUUUGAGUAUAAAUUGGUUCUUGAUGCCCAUCAGAGAAUUCACAAGGAAGAGAAGCCAUUUUCAUGUUCACAAUGUGGGAAAUAUUUUAAUCAGAAGUCUGCUCUUGUUACUCAUCAGAGAAAUCACACAGGGGAGAAGCCAUUUUCAUGUUCAGAAUGUGGGAAAUGUUUUAAACAAAAAUCACACCUUGUUAUACAUCAGAGAAAUCACACAGGGGAGAAACCGUUUUCAUGUUCAGAAUGUGGGAAAUGUUUUAAACAGACAUCAACUCUUGUUAUACAUCAAAGAAAUCACACAGGGGUGAAGCCGUUUUCAUGUUCAGAAUGUGGGAAAUGUUUUAAGCAGACAUCGGCUCUUAUUGUGCAUCGGAGAAAUCACACAGGGGAGAAGCCAUUUUCAUGUUCAGAAUGUGGGAAAUGUUUUACCAAUACAUCAUCUCUAUUUAAACAUCAGAGAAAUCACACAGGGAAGAAGCCAUUUUCAUGUUCAGAAUGUGGGAAAUGUUUUGAGUAUAAAUCGGUUCUUGGUGUCCAUCAGAGAAUUCACACAGGAGAGAAGCCAUUUUCAUGUUCAGAAUGUGAGAAAUGUUUUACCAAUACAUCAUCUCUAUUUAAACAUCAGAGAAUUCACACAGGAGAGAAGCCAUAUUCAUGUUCAGAAUGUGAUAUGUGGUUCAACCAUAAAUUAUCUCUUGUUAAACAUAAAAAAACCCACAUAUAA